AUCAGUAGCACAAGGAGCAGCGACAAGCUUGACUUACUUAUUUUCUGCAAGAGAGCUGCAAAAUACUCAAUGAAAGACAUGUGGACUGACUGCAUUGCUCAAGAUGGAAACUCACAGGCCAGUAAGAUUGCAGGCCGCAGGAAGAGAACCAGCUUCACCAAAGAACACUUGGAACUUCUCAAAAUGGCUUUUAAUGUGGACCCUUAUCCUGGCAUUAGUGUCAGAGAAAGUCUAUCUCAAGCCACUGGCCUGCCAGAAUCACGUAUUCAGGUAUGGUUCCAGAACAAGAGAGCCAGAACCCUAAAGAACAGAGCCAUUCAGAGCUCCCCACAGCUGGACAACAAAUCUCCUCUUCCUAGCCCUUUCUUACCUCCUCACAUGGCUUCUGUGGGAGUCAGCGCUCAACAGAGAGGCAUUCAGGAGUCACCCUUCAACAUCCAGAUGUCUCAAACAUCUCCACAGCACUUUACCUUUCCUCCAAGCGACUACAGCACACCUGUUGUAAAGCCUCGACAAACCAGACUGAUGGGAACCAGCUCUUGUUCUCCAUCUGAUCUGCAAGCAACACCAGACAGCUGGAGCUAUGCUGGAAGCACACAGAUCUCUCCUGAGUCAUGGGAUGUAGCAGCAGAGAAUUUUGGGAAUUCCUACAAGGAUGAGAGUCCAUUUUUUCUCUAUCCACCACCUCCUUACCCUUAUGGAAGCACCAGAGUUGGAUGCCCUAGUAGCAUGGAGUCACUUUCAACAUCUCCUGCGUCUUCUGAUUCUGCAUUUUGGGACAUGGGAUUGGAGAACUGCUCUCCAUCUGUGCCUUACACCAGCUGUGGCAGCCCAUGGGACAGGCUCACAGAGGAGCAGCCAGUGGCCCCUCUUCCAGAUCUGUCUUCUCAGUGUCUGGAGGAUGUGCUCGGGGAAAUGGAGCCAGCCUGGUGGAGCUUCAAUGGCCAGAUGGAUCUUUAGCAAUCUUGCAAACAUCCAUAACCUACAGAGACAAACAGUGUUUUAGUAUUGAGGGGGUGCAUUUUUAUUUUUGAAUUGUAUUAUAUGGGGCGCAUGGUAUUGUGCAAGUGCAGGUUACAAAGCAAUAUCACAUAUGCAUAUUGAACUUUUAUUUAUGGACUUUAUUUAUUUAUAUUUAUACCAAAUGUAGAUUGUAAUGAAUAGCCUAUGGUUGCACUAGCUUAUUUAUUCUUUAUGCUCUUUUUUUAAGGUAUUUUGGUGCAGUUGGGGUAUUUAUUACUACAUUUAAUGCAGUUCACACAGCCUAUACUGUCACUUUGUAAAUUAUUGUAUAUUUAUUUGAAAUAAAAUGCUAAAAUGUA